UCCUCCUCCAUCAUGGCGGCGGGCGGGAUCUCCGCUGGUCUCAGCUUUGAGGAUUAUUCUCUCUAUAGUAACCUGAGUGAUGACCAAGUGCUGCAGAUCGCCAUGGAGCGAAGUCUGAACGACACACACAGCAGCAACCCCAACACAACCAGCAACACAACCAGCAACACAACCAGCAACGCAACCACCAACCUGAACCCUGAGGUCAGACACAACUCCCAGAAUCUUCCUCCAGCCCCGAGCCUCGCUCACUACAGUUCACCAAACCCCCCGAGGGAAAAACCUCCUGAUCCGAAGACUUUUGAUGGGACAGUCAGCUGCUUCGUGACAGGCUCUGGGAAAAGGAUGGUGGCUUAUCGCAGAGCUGAUGGUCACCUGGUCCACACCGCUCCGGAACCGGAGGAGGAGGAGGAGCCUCUGUUCAAAGCGAUCCGUGUUGGAGAUGUGAACAGAGUGAAGAUCCUGGCGAUGUGUCCUGGAACGAACCUGAAGCUGCCAAGUAAACCCGGCUGGCUCGCCGUCCACCAGGCGGCGUGGCACGGUCAGGACUCCUGUCUGAGGGUCCUGCUGUCAGCUCAGCCGGGGACCAUCAACAGGCGAACUGAACAUGGUGAGUCAGCGCUUCUGCUCGCCGUCAGCAGAGAGGAAGUCACAUGUGUUCAGGUUCUACUGGAGAACCGAGCCGACACGGAGAUCCCCAACCACGACAAGGAGACGCCCCUCUACAAAGCCUGUGAGCGGGACAGUGCGGUGAUGGUGGCGGAGUUGUUGAAUCACGGUGUUGCCGUGAACACUCGGUGUAUUCAGGGUUGUACUGCUCUUCAUGAAGCUGUGGUCCGGAACAACGUGGAGAUCUGUGAGAUGUUGCUAAAGGCCGGAGCCAAACACAACCUCACCAACAUGUACGGCAUCUCACCGCUGUUCACCGCGGCUCAGUACGGGCAGGUCGCCACGCUGCGCUUCCUCCUGAAACAUGGUGCAGAUAUCAACAGUCAGGCUGAUGAUGCAGCCACUGCUCUGUACGAAGCUGCUAAAAAUGGACAUGAGGAAAUUGUGAGGUUCCUCCUCUCACAAAACGCAGAUGCCAACAAACCUGGGAAGUCCGGAUUAUUACCACUUCACAUCGCGGCUCAGAGAGGAAGUAUCACUAUCGUGUCCAUGUUGAUACCAGCCACCAGUAAGGCCCGAGUCCGGCGGACCGGCAUCAGCCCGCUGCACGUGGCGGCUGAGCGCGAGCGUGACGACGUGCUGGAGCUGCUGAUCGCGGCGGGCUUCGAUGUGAACGCUCAGCUGUCGGAGGAGCGCUCCCGGCUGUACGAGGACCGCCGCAGCACCGCCCUCUACUUCUCCGUCAUCAACAACGACAUGGAGGCGGUGAGCCUGCUGCUGGAGGCCGGCGCCGACCCCAACCUGGACCUGCUGAGGCCUCUGAUGGUGGCGGUGAGGCAGAGCUGCGUCCAGGCCACGAUCCUGCUCGUGAAGCACGGAGCUGACAUCAACGCCUGCAUCCCCAUGCACCCCACCACCUUCCCCCCCAUCUACAUGUUCGCCAUGAAGGACCUGCCCAUGUUCAAGUACCUGCUGGACCAGGGAGGCCACGCCCACUCCUGCUUUGACUGUUGUCUUGGCAGCAAACCUCAUCCACCAAUCAAAACCACUCGGUCAGAGAGGAGCAACUCCUACUUCCUGGAGGAGACACAGCUGAGGAGGAGCGUUCAGUUCUGUGAGAUGAUCUCAACCCCAAGCAUCUCUCGAUGGGCGGGGCCAAUCAUUGACGUCCUACUGGACUACGUUGGUCAUGUGACUCUCUGCUCCAGACUGAUGGAACACCUGGACAGUUACAGCGAGUGGAGCAUCAUCAAAGAAAAAGCAACUUCACCGCGGUCCCUGAUGCAGAACUGCCGGCUGCAGAUCCUGCAGCUGGUCUCACGUCCACGUGUGAAGAAGCUGCCGCUGCCGGGAGUUCUGAUCCGGUUCCUGCAACAUGGAGAAGGAUCCAUCGAGGACUGAGGGGUCGCUCAUACUGACUUUACCCAGUUUACUCAGUUAACCCAGUUACUUCCAGGUAAACUCAGUUAAACUCAAUUAACUCAGUUAAACUCAGUUAACUCAGUUAAACUCAGUUUAGUCAAUGAUAAGAUUAAGUUUGUUGUUUGUUAAAAGAUAAAGAUCAAACAGGAGAAAUGAAGAAAUGUAGUUUAGCUGUAUCAGCUUAGCAUAAACAGAUAAAACAGAUGUUAUUCAAAUGUGACUAAUUUGUUACUAACAUGUUAUUAACAUGUUAGUAACAUGGUAUUAAUCUGUUAUUAACGUGUGUCAGGAAGGAAACAACAUGACGAUAACAUUUGAAAACAUUUGACUCAUAAUCACAUGAGAACAUUU